AAAAAGUUCUGAGAGGGAUCGAGUAACAGAAAAUGAUGAUGAUGGGAGACAUGUGGUCUAACGUAGGAUCAACCAUGGCAGCUUUGAUGUUCGUAUAUGCUAUGUUUCAACAAUACUUCCCUCCCCAGCUCAGGGAUCGUAUCGAGAUGUAUGGCAGAAAGCUGGUGACUUUUGCCUACCCUUAUACUCAAAUUACCUUUGAUGAAUUUACUGGGGAACGCAUGAAGCGUAGUGAAGCAUUCUCAGCAAUUCAAUUCUAUCUCAGCAGCAAGUCAUCUGCAUCUGCUAAGCGGCUCAAGGCUGAUGUUGUCAAGGAUAGCCAGUCUGUAGUCCUUAGCAUGGAUUAUAAUGAGGAAGUCAUUGAUGAGUUUGAAGGGGUCAAGGUUUGGUGGGCUGCAAGCAGAAGUAUUCCCCAAACACAGCAAUUUUCGUUUUAUCCUACUGCGGAUGAGAAGAGGCAUUACAAGCUCACAGUCCAUAACAGCCACAGAGAACUCAUCACUAAGUUUUAUCUUAGUCAUGUGUUAAAGGAAGGGAAAGCAACUGCAACAAAGAACCGGCAGCGAAAGCUCUACUGCAACAAUCCUAGUGAUAACUGGUAUGGAUACAAAAGGACCAAGUGGAGCCAUGUAGUUUUUGAGCAUCCUGCAUCAUUUGACACUUUGGCAAUGGAGGCAAAGAAGAAAGAGGAAAUCAUGAACGAUCUCAAUAAGUUCAAAAAGGGGAAAGAUUACUAUGCAAGGGUUGGAAAGGCAUGGAAGCGUGGUUAUCUCCUUUAUGGUCCUCCUGGCACUGGAAAAUCUACCAUGAUUGCUGCAAUGGCUAAUCUUUUGGAUUAUGAUGUUUAUGAUCUUGAACUUACUGCAGUCAAGGAUAACACAGAGUUGCGGAGGCUUUUGAUCGAGACAUCAAAUAAAUCAAUCAUAGUGAUCGAAGACAUUGACUGCUCUCUUGAUCUUACAGGCCAAAGAGAGAAGAAGAAGAAGGACAAAGAUGAUGAAGAGAAGGAUCCAAUCAGUAAGAAAGCAAAAGAAGAGGAGUCAAAAGAUAGCAAGGUUACUUUAUCAGGGCUUUUGAACUUCAUUGAUGGACUUUGGUCAGCUAGUGGGGGUGAAAGAAUCAUUAUUUUUACCACUAAUUAUGUGGAGAAGCUUGAUCCGGCUCUAAUAAGGAGAGGAAGAAUGGACAAACACAUAGAAAUGUCCUAUUGUUGCUUUGAAGCAUUCAAGGUGUUAGCAGAGAAUUACUUACAGAUUGAUUCUCAUAAACUCUUUGGGGAAAUAGAAACAUUGCUUGGGGAAACCAAGAUGACUCCAGCUGAUGUUGCAGAGAAUUUGAUGCCAAAGUCAGAUGAGGAGAAGGAAGAGACUUGUUUGAAGAGACUCAUUGAAGCUCUGGGGGCUGCAAAGGAGGAAGCAAUCAGAAAGAAGGAAGAAGAAGAAGAAGAAGCUCGUCUGAAAGCGGAGAAAGAGAAGCAACAAUCUGCUGAAGAAGUGAAGAUAGAUGGAACAACAGGCAAAGAAGUGAGAGAGGAUGAUGCAAUCCAUUAAAUAACACCAUGGCAGCUACUACUAGUGCAAGCAUGUAAAAAUUGCAAUUUUUUUUGCUGUUUAAAUAUCCUGAA